AUGGGAGAAGGUGCGUGUGAAGGAGAGACGUUUACGGGGGAGACAUUUGUCGGGCGCAGGUUGGGAGAAGGUGCGUGUGAAGGGGAGACGUUUAAGGGGGAGACGUUUGUGGGGCGCAGGUUCGGAGAAGUUGCGUGUGAAGGGGAGACGUUUAGGGGGGAGACGUUUGUGCGGCGCAGGUUCGGGGAAGGUGCGUGUGAAGGGGAGACGUUCAGGGGGGAGACGUUUGUGGGGCGCAGGUUCGGAGAAGGUGCGUGUGAAGGUGAGACACUUAGGGGGGAGACGUUUGUGGGGCGCAGGUUGGGGGAAGAUGCGUGUGAAGGGAAGACGUUUGGGGGGGAGACGUUUGUGGGGUGCAGGUUGGGAGAAGGUGCAUGUGAAGUGGAGACGUUUAGGGGGGAGACGUUUGGUGGGCGCAGGUUGGGAGAAGGUGCGUAUGAAGGGGAGACGUUUGGGGGGGAGACGUUUGGGGAGCACAUGUUGGGUGAAGGUGCGUCUGAAGGGGAGACGUUUAGGGGGGAGACGUUUGUCGCUCGGAGGUUGGGAGAAAGUGCGUGUGAAGGGGAGACGUUUAGGGGGGAGACGUUUGUGGGGCGCAGGUUCGGAGAAGGUGCGUGUGAAGGGGAGACGUUUAGGGGGGAGACGCUUGUGGGGCGCAGGUUCGGAGAAGGUGCGUGUGAAGGGGAGACGUUUAGGGGGGAGACGUUUGUGGGGCGUAGGUUGGGAGAAGGUACAUGUGAAGAGGAGAUGUUUAGGGGGGAGACGUUUGUGGGGCGCAGGUUGGGAGAAGGUGCGUGUGAAGGGGAGACAUUUAGGGGGGAGACGUUUGUGGCGCGCAGUUUCGGAGAAUGUGCGUGUGAAGGGGAGACGUUUAGGGGGGAGACGUUUGUGGGGCGCAGGUUCGGAGAAGGUGCGUGUGAAGGGGAGACGUUUGUGGGGCGCAAGUUGGGAGAGGGUGCAUGUAAAGGGGAGACGUUUAGGGGGGAGACGUUUGUGGGGCGCAGGUUGGGAAAAGGUGCAUGUGAAGUGGAGACGUUUAGGGGGGAGACGUUCGGUGGGCGCAGGUUGGGAGAAGGUGCGUAUGAAGGGGAGACGUUUGGGGGGGAGACGUUUGGGGGGCGUAUGUUGGGAGAAGGUGCGUAUGAAGGGGAGACGUUUAAGGGGGAGACGUUUGUGGGGCGCAGGUUGGGAGAAGGUCCGUGUGAAGGGGAGACAUUUAGGGGGGAGACGUUUGUGGCGCGCAGUUUCGGAGAAUGUGCGUGUGAAGGGGAGACGUUUAGGGGGGAGACGUUUGUGGGGCGCAGGUUCGGAGAAGGUGCGUGUGAAGGGGAGACGUUUGUGGGGCGCAAGUUGGGAGUGGGUGCAUGUAAAGGCGAGACGUUUAGGGGGGAGACGUUUGUGGGGCGCAGGUUGGGAGAAGGUGCGUGUGAAGGGGAGACGUUUAGGGGGGAGACGUUUGUCGGACGCAGGUUGGGAGAAAGUGCGUGUGAAGGGGAGACGUUUAGGGGGGAGACGUUUGUGGGGCGCAGGUUCGGAGAAGGUGCGUGUGAAGGGGAGACGUUUAGGGGGGAGACGUUUGUGGGGCGCAGGAUGGGAGAAGGUGCGUGUGAAGGGGAGACGUUUAGGUGGGAGACGUUUGUCGGGCGCAGGUUGGGAGAAAGUGCGUGUGAAGGGGAGACGUUUAGGGGGGAGACGUUUGUGGGGCGCAGGUUCGGAGAAGGUGCGUGUGAAGGGGAGACGUUUAGGGGGGAGACGUUUGUGGGGCGCAGGUUCGGAGAAGGUGCGUGUGAAGGGGAGUCGUUUAAGGGGGAGACGUUUGUGGGGCGCAUGUUGGGAGAAGGUGCGUGUGAAGGGGAGACGUUUAGGGGGGAGACGUUUGGGGGGCGCAUGCUGAGAGAAGGUUGGGAGAAGGUGCGUGUAAAAGGGAGACGUUCAGGGGGGAGACGUUUGUGGGGCGAAGGUUCAGAGAAUAUGCGUGUGAAGGGGAGACGUUUAGGGGGGGAGACGUUUGUGGGGCGCAGGUUCGGAGAAGUUGCGUGUGAAGGGGAGACGUUUAGGGGGGAGACGUUUGUGGGGCGCAGGUUGGGAGAAGGUGCGUAUAAAGGGGAGACGUUUAUGAGAGAGACGUUUGUGGGGCGCAUGUUGGGAGAAGGGGCAUAUGAAGGGGAGACGUUUAUGAGGGAGACGUUUGUGGGGCGCACGUUGGGAGAAGGGGCGUGUGAAGGGGAGACCUUUAGGGGGGAGACGUUUGUGGGCCGCAGGUUGGGAGAAUGUGCGUGUGAAGGGGAGGCGUUUAGGUGGGAGACGUUUGUGGGCCGCAGGUUGGGAGAAUGUGCGUGUGAAGGGGAAACGUUUAGGUUGGGAGAAGGUGCGUAUGAAGGGGAGACGUUUAGGGGGGAGACGUUUGUGGGGCGCAGGUUGGGAGAAGGUGCGUGUGAAGGGGAGACGUUUAGGGGGGAGACGUUUGUCGACCGCAGGUUGGGAGAAGGUGCGUGUGAAGGGGAGACGUUUAGGGGGGAGACGUUUGUCGAGCGCAGGUUGGGAGAAAGUGCGUGUGAAGGGGAGACGUUUAGGGGGGAGACGUUUGUGGGGCGCAGGUUCGGAGAAGGUGCGAGUGAAGGGGAGACGUUUAGGGGGGAGACGUUUGUGGGGCGCAGGUUCGGAGAAGGUGCGUGUGAAGGGGAGACGUUUAGGGGGGAGACGUUUGUGGGGCGGAGGUUCGGAGAAGGAUUGGGAUAUGGUGCGUGUGAAGGGGAGACGUUAAUGAGGGAGACGUUUGUGGGGCGCAUGUUGGGAGAAGGGGCGUAUGAAGGGGAGACGUUUAUGAGGGAGACGUUUGUGGGGCGCACAUUGGGAGAAGGGGCGUGUGAUGGGGAGACGUUUAGGGGGGAGACGUUUGUGGGCCGCAGGUUCGGAGAAGGUGCGUGUGAAGGGGAGACGUUUGUGUGGCGCAAGUUGGGAGAAGGUGCGUGUGAAGGGGAGACGUUUAGGGGGGAGAUAUUUGUGGGGCGCAGGUUGGGAAAAGGUGCGUGUGAAGGGGAGACGUUUAGGGGGGAGACGUUUGUGGGGCGCAGGUUGGGAGAAGGUGCAUGUGAAGUGGAGACGUUUAGUGGGGAAACGUUUGGUGGGCGCAGGUUGGGAGAAGGUGGGUAUGAAGGGGAGACGUUAGGGUGGGAGACGUUUGGGGAUCGCAUGUUGGGAGAAGGUGCGUGUGAAGGGGAGACGUUUAGGGGGGAGACGUUUGUGGGGCGCAGGUUGGGAGAAGGUGCGUGUGAAGGGGAGACGUUUAGGGGGGAGACGUUUGUGGGGCGCAGGUUAGGAGAAGGUGCGUGUGAAGGGGAGACGUUUAGGGGGGAGACGUUUGUGGGGCGCAGGUUGGGAGAAGGUGCGUGUGAAGGGGAGACGUUUAGGGGGGAGACUUUUGUCGGGGGCAGGUUCAGAGAAAGUGCGAGUGAAGGGGAGACGUUUAGGGGGGAGACGUUUGUGGGGUCCAGGUUCGGAGAAGGUGCGAGUGAAGGGGAGACGUUUAGGGGGGAGACGUUUGUGGGGCGCAGGAUCAGAGAAGGUGCAUGUGAAGGGGAGACGUUUAGGGAGGAGACGUUUGUGGGGCUCAGGUUUGGAGAAGUUGCAUGUGAAGGGGAGACGUUUAGGGGGGAGACGUUUGUGGGGCGCAGGUUGGGAGAAGGUGCGUGUGAAGGGGAGACGUUUAGGGGGGAGACGUUUGUGGGGCGCAUGUUGGGAGAAGGUGCAUGUGAAGGGGAGACGUUCAGGGGGGAGACGUUUGGGGGACGCAUGUUGGGAGAAGGUGCGUGUGAAGGGGAGACGUUUGGGGGGGAGACGUUUGUGUGGCGCAGGUUGGGAGAAGGUGCGUGUGAAGGGGAGACGUUUGGGGGGGAGACGUUUGUGGGGCGCAGGUUGGGAGAAGGUGUGUGUGAAGGGGAGAUGUUUAGGGGGGAGACGUUUGUGGGGCGCAGGUUGGGAGAAGGUGCGUGUGAAGGGGAGACGUUUGGGGGGGAGACAUUUGUGGGGCGCAGGUUAGGAGAAGGUGCGUGUGAAGGGGAGAUGUUUAGGGGGGAGACGUUUGUGGGGCGCAGGUUGGGAGAAGGUGCGUUUGAAGGGGAAGGGUUCAGGGGGGAGACGUUUGUGGGGCGCAGGUUGGGGGAAGGUGCGUGUGAAGGGAAGACUUUUGUGGGGCGCAAGUUGGGAGAAGGUGCGUGUGAAGGGGAGACGUUUAGGGGGGAGACGUUUGUGGGGCGUAGGUUGGGAGAAGGUACAUGUGAAGGGCAGACGUUUAGGGGGGAGACGUUUGUGGGGCGCAGGUUGGGAGAAGGUGCGUGUGAAGGGGAGACGUUUAGGGGGGAGACGUUUGUGGGGCGCAGGUUGGGAGAAGGUGCGUGUGAAGGGGAGACGUUUAGGGGGGAGACGUUUGUGGGGCGGAGGUUGGGAGACGGUGCGUGUAAAAGGGAGACUUUUAGGGGGGAGGCGUUUGUGGGGCGCAGGUUCGUAGAAGGUGCGUGUGAAGGGGAGACGUUUAGGGGGGAGACGUUUGUGGGGCGCAGGUUCGGAGAAGGUGCGUGUGAAGGGGAGACGUUUAGGGGGGAGACGUCUGUGGGGCGCAGGUUGGGAGAAGGUGCGUGUGAAGGGGAGACAUUUGUGGGCCGCAAGUUGGGAGAAGGUGCGUGUGAAGGGGAGACGUUUAGGGGGGAGACGUUUGUGGGGCGCAGGUUGGGAGAAGGUGCAUGUGAAAGGGAGACGUUCAGGGGGGAGACGUUUGUGGGGCGCAGGUUCGGAGAAUGUGCGUGUGAAGGGGAGACGUUUAGGGGGGAGACGUUUGUGGCGCACAGGUUCGGAGAAGGUGCGUGUGAAGGGGAGACGUUUAAGAGGGAGACGUUUGUGGGGCGCAGGUUCGGAGAAGGUGCGUAUGAAGGGGAGACGUUUAAGAGGGAGACGUUUGUGGGGCGCAGGUUUGGAGAAGGUGCGUAUGAAGGGGAGACGUUAAGGGGGGAGACGUUUGGGGGGCGCAUGUUGGGAGAAGGUGCGUGUGAAGGGGAGAUGUUUAGGGGGUGGACGUUUGUGGGGCGCAGGUUGGGAGAAGGUUCGUGUGAAGGGGAGACGUUUAGGGGGGAGACGUUUGUGGGGCGCAGGUUCGGAGAAGGUGUGUGUGAAGGGGAGACGUUCAGGGGGGAGGCGUUUGUGGGGCAGAGGUUGGGAGACGGUGCGUGUAAAAGGGAGACGUUUAGGGGGGAGGCGUUUGUGGGGCGCAGGUUCGUAGAAGGUGCGUGUGAAGGGGAGACGUUUAGGGGGGAGACGUUUGUGGGGCGCAGGUUCGGAGAAGGUGCGUGUGAAGGGGAGACGUUUAGGGGGGAGACGUCUGUGGGGCGCAGGUUGGGAGAAGGUGCGUGUGAAGGGGAGACAUUUGUGGGCCGCAAGUUGGGAGAAGGUGCGUGUGAAGGGGAGACGUUUAGGGGGGAGACGUUUGUGGGGCGCAGGUUCGGAGAAGGUGCGUGUGAAUGGGAGACGUUUAGAGGGGAGACGUUUAUGGGGCGCAGGUUCGGAGAAGGUGCGUGUGAAAGGGAGACGAUUAGGAGGGAGACGUUUGUGGGUCGCAGGUUCGUAGAAGGUGCGUGUGAAGGGGAGACGUUUAGGGGGGAGACGUUUGUGGGGCGCAGGUUCGGAGAAGAUGCGUGUGAAGGGGAGACGUUUAGGGGGGAGACGUCUGUGGGGCGCAGGUUGGGAGAAGGUGUGUGUGAAGGGGAGACAUUUGUGGGCCGCAAGUUGGGAGAAGGUGCGUGUGAAGGGGAGACGUUUAGGGGGGAGACGUUUGUGGGGCGCAGGUUGGGAGAAGGUUCGUAUGAAGGGGAGACGUUUAGGGGGGAGACGUUUGUGGGGCGCAGGUUCGGAGAAGGUGUUGGGAGAGAUGAGUAUGGAGGGGAGACGUUUGUGGGGCGCAAGUUGGGAGAAGGUGCGUGUGAAGGGGUGACGAUCAGGAGGGAGACAUUUGUGGGGCGCAGGUUGGAAGAAGGUGCGUUUGAAAGGGAGACGUUUAGGGGGAAGACGUUUGUGGGGCGCAGGUUUGGAGAAUGCGCGUGUGCAGGGGAGACGUUUAGGGGGGAGACGUUUCUGGCGCGCAUGUUCGGAGACGGUGCAUGGGGUGCAGGUUGGGGAAGGUUCGGAGAAGGUGCGUGUGAAGGUGAGACAUUUACGGGGGAGACGAUUGUGGGGCGCAGGUUGGGGGAAGGUGCGUGUGAAGGGGAGACGUUUGUGGGGCGCAAGUUGGGAGUAGGUGCGUGUGAAGGGGAGACGUUCAGGGGGGAGACGUUUGUGGGGCGCAGGUUGGGAGAAGGUGCGUGUGAAGGGGAGACGUUUAGGGGGGAGACGUUUGUGGGGCGCAGGUUGGGGGAAGGUGCGUGGGAAGGGGAGACGUUUGUGGAGCGCAAGUUGGGAGUAGGUGCGUGUGAAGGUGAGACAUUUAGGGGGGAGACGUUUGUGGGGCGCAGGUUGGGGGAAGGUGCGUGUGAAGGGGAGACGUUUGUGGGGCGCAAGUUGGGAGUAGGUUGGGAGAAGGUGUAUGUGAAGGGAAGACUUUCAGGGGGGGAGACGUUUGUGGGGCGCAGGUUGGGAGAAGGUGCGUGUGAAAGGGAGACGUUCAGGGGGGAGAUGUUUGUGGGGCGCAGGUUCGGAGAAGGUGCGUGUGAAGGUGAGACAUUCAGGGGGGAGACGUUUGUGGGGCGCAGGUUCGGAGAAGGUGCGUGUGAAGGUGAGACAUUUAGGGGGGAGACGUUUGUGGGGCGCAGGUUGGGGGAAGGUGCGCGUGAAGGGGAGACGUUUGUGGGGCGCAAGUUGGGAGUAGGUGCGUGUGAAGGGGAGACGUUUGUGGGGCGCAGGUUGGGAGAAGGUACGUGUGAAGGGGAGACGUUUAGGGGGGAGACGUUUGGUGGGCGCAUGUUGGGAGAAUGUGCGUGUGAAGGGGAGACGUUUAAGGGGGAGACGUUUGUGGGGCGCAGGUUGGGAAAAGGUGUGUGUGAAGGGGAGACGUUUAGGGGGGAGACGUUUGUGGGGCGCAGGUUGGGAGAAGGUGCGUGUGAAGGGGAGACGUUUAGGGCGGAGACGUUUGUGGGGCGCAAGUUGGGAGAUGGUUGGGAGAAGGUGCAUGUGAAGUGGAGACGUUUAGGGGGGGAGACGUUUGGUGGGCGCAUGUUGGGAGAAUGUGCGUGUGAAGGGGAGACGUUUAAGGGGGAGACGUUUGUGGGGCGCAGGUUGGGAAAAGGUGCGUGUGAAGGGGAGACGUUUAGGGGGGAGACGUUUGUGGGGCGCAGGUUGGGAGAAGGUGCGUGUGAAGGGGAGACGUUUAGGGCGGAGACGUUUGUGGGGCGCAAGUUGGGAGAUGGUGCGUGUGAAGGGGAGACGUUUAAGGGGGAGACGUUUGUGGGGCGCAGGUUCGGAAAAGGUACGUGUGAAGGGUAG